AACAAACACAUGGUGUCGUUUCUUCAUACUCAGAUUUUUAAUAGGUUUCUUUUAAUUUUCCUGUUAUUGUUUCGGUUUAUGCUUAUGAUAACAUAUAAAAAUAUAUUACUGGUAAUGUUAUUUGUGAUUAUAAUAAAUUUGUAACAACUAUUUCAAAAUUCCACUAUGGUUUUGUGACAAAAGUUGUUUCAAUCUACGGUCGCAUUUUUCUAAGGGCCUGCUAAUUCGUUUUGAGUUCUUGGCGCGAAAUCGUGACAUUUAAUUGACAUGAAUUAAACGAACAAUCCCAAAACAGAAAACUUAGUUAGCAAAAGUAAACAUUUUGAAAAUUGGCCUUGAAUAAUUUCAAAAAUGCCUAGAAGAAAAAUAACACUAAAAACUGUGACUUGGUUAAGUGAUGAGAUUCACGAACCGCAAAGUUUAUCGGCCUCCUUUCGUUUUUACGAGAAGUUCCAGUACGGUAAUAUAACGGCUGGAAUUGGUGAUUAUGUGCUUGUAUCGAACGCUGAUGCGGCAGAACCGGACACAGAAAGUGGUUGCGAUGCCGCUAAAAUCGUCUCAUUGUUUGAGGACCCUACGAACUCAAGCGAUCCCUUCAGAGCCAAAGUCCAGUGGUAUUCACGGCCCACCGACCUGCCAAACUGGUGUUUUAGUAAUAUGGAAGCUGUUAGCUUCAUGGAAAAUGAGGUAAUAGAGGACCAUAGAGCCUUUAACCAAAAUGUGUCCAUCGAAACAUUCUUUAGGAAAUGCUCAAUCACUCUUACCUUUACAAAAGAUUUCAAUGAAAUAAAUGAGCCAUUCCACUACAUAUGCAGAUAUCGCCUACUACCAGUAAACAGACGGAAAGUACAUAUAGAACCAAUAUUAGAUGAGGAAAGGCAAGCCCGAGCAUUGUUGAGUACACCAAAUAAAACACCUUCAAAGUCUACCCCUAAAACACCAAGUAGUUUAGUUAAAAGAAUGAGUAGAGUGUCCAUAUCUGAGAAAAACUGGAGUGUCAGCAAAAAUGAUGGAACAAAACUCCUCUUAAAAAGAGCCAUCCUAGCAGACAAAAAUGAAAAAGACUCACCAAAGAAAGUCACACCAAAAGUGACCCCUACAAAAGUCACAGAAACACCAAAAAGUUCAAAGAAAUUAAGUAAAAAUAAUCUAGAAGAGAUUCUGUCUAUGGAACUAAAAGAAAAUUCUGAUGAUGAGCUCCCUACUUUGAUAAUAAGGCAGCAUGUAGCCACUACACCCAAAAGAAAACAAUCAAUAUCUAAAAUCCUUAAUGAGGAAACUCCAAAAAAGGUUUUAGUCUUUGAGGAUGAUGAGAAACAGACCCCAACAACACGAUCUGGAAGGGCAAAAGCUCCUAUUAAUUAUCAGGAACCAGAAGUAUCUCCUGUAAAGAGGUCAGCUAGGAAGGCAGCCCGUAAGAUUACAGAGAGUGAUGAUGACUUCAAACCCAUUCCAAAGACACCAAGAACACCUCGGACUCCCAAAGUUAAAACACCAGCAGCAACUCCAAAGCGUAGUGUUACUAGAAGGAUUAUGACUAGCCAGCUAACUCCGACUUUAAGAAACAGGGCUCAUUCUAUUGAUAACAUUGAUGAGUUUGUCAAAGAUAGCAAAUCCUUGCCAGGCAGAGAAAGUCAGAUGGAAGAAAUAUUGUCAUUUGUAAGGACAAAGCUGUUGGAUGGUGUUAGUGGGUGUAUGUACAUAUCAGGCGUGCCGGGCACUGGCAAGACAGCUACCGUGUGCUCAGCCCUCAAGAUCUUGAAGGAGGAGGCGGACUUACCCGACUUCCAACUGGUGGAGGUCAACGGCAUGAGGAUCGCGGAGCCCCGGCAGGCGUACGUGCAGAUAUACAAACAGCUUACUGGUAAAACGGUAGUGUGGGAACAAGCAUGUGCAUUACUAGACAAGAGGUUUAAGAACCCGGGGCCGAGGAGAACGCCCACCGUGUUACUCGUCGACGAGCUGGACGCCCUGUGCACCCGUCGCCAGGACGUCCUGUACAGCAUCAUGGAGUGGGCGGCGCACAACAGCGCGCUGCUGAGCGUGCUGGCCGUGGCCAACACCAUGGACCUGCCCGAGCGCGCGCUGGCCGCCCGCGUGGCCUCCCGCCUCGGACUCACACGACUCACCUUCCUGCCCUACACACAUACGCAGCUACAGCUGAUCGUCGCUACCAGACUUGCCGGCGCUAACGUUACUGCAGAUGCCGUGCAAUAUGUCUUUAGGAAAGUGGCAGCAGUAUCAGGCGACGCUCGGCGCGCGCUAGCGCUGUGCUCCCGCGCGCUGGAGCUGGCGGGCGCGGGCGGCGCGGGCUGCGGGAGGUGCAGCAGGCGCUGGCGAGCCUCCUCCAGCGCGGUCGUGCGCAUCAUCAGGAGCUGCUCGCCCGCCGAGAGGCUCAUGUUGAGGGCUGUCGCUGCUGAGGCUGAAAGAACAGGCACAGACGAAACAACUCUAUCACGGGCGUUAAUGACAGCAGCUGCUAUAGUAGCGCUCGACGGUCGUCCAUACAAGUCAGCUGUGAGCAUCCGAGCGCCGACAGCGUCGCAAGCGCAGGCGAUAUGCGCGCGACUCGCUGCGUUACGACUAUUGCUACUAGAACCAAAACCUUCAGAACCGAGAUUGUUAUUGAAUAUCAGUGCUGAUGAUGUGCAUUAUGCCACUAAAGAUAUACAAGUUUGACCAUUUCAGUUGCCGGUAUCUUGGUUGGGAAUAUUAUGUACUUUGAGCUGUUAAAGCAGAACUCUUGAUAGUACACUAUUUUGCAAUGUUGAUGUCUCAUAGAAGCAGUACCUGCAAUCUGAAAAUGGGUCCCUUUAGUAUUUUAUAGGUUGAUAUAUUAACAAGAUCUGUCUGGGAAUUAUGU